CUGCAGAGCUUCCCGGAAGCGAGAGGAGCAGUAGCGGCUCUGCUAUUUGUCGGCCCAGACGCUUCGGGGUCUCAGGCCACGACGUCUGCGGGGCAACGGGUCCUGGCGAAGGGAGAACGAUGUACCGGAGGAGCGCCGGCGGCAGCGGCCUAAAGUGAGCCUUCCUUAAGGCCGUGCGAGCGAAGCCGCCGCCGCCGCCGAGUCAGCCCCGGCGCCCGGUUCUCUCGGCGCCCGUCCGGCUGGCCCCGCCGCUCUGGCCCCGUCAGGCCCCUUUUCUCUGCGCUGCGGCGGGCGGAGGCGGCGGAAAGAAAAGCCGAUGGAAGGGAACCGGGACGAGGCGGAAAAAUGCAUCGGGAUCGCGCGAGAGGCCCUGGAAACCGGCAACCGAGAACGGGCGCUGCGCUUCCUCAAUAAGGCCCAGAAGCUCUAUCCGACCGAGACCGCCAAGGUGUUAUUGGAGGCAAUUAUGAAGAAUGGGAGUGCAGCUGGAAGUGGUACUCACUGUCGAAAACCAGCAAGUAAGAAUGAUAAAAGUAAAACUAAUAGCAUGAAGGACAGCAGUGCAUCAGGUGAAAUUGGGAAGACUUACACCAAGGAGCAAAUUGAAGGAGUACAAAGCAUAAAAAAAUGUAAGAAUUACUAUGAGGUCCUUGGAGUGUCAAAAGAUGCAGGUGAAGAAGACUUGAAGAAAGCUUAUAGAAAGCUUGCUCUGAAGUUUCAUCCUGACAAAAAUCAUGCACCAGGAGCAACGGAAGCUUUUAAAAAAAUUGGAAAUGCAUAUGCUGUGUUAAGUAAUCCAGAAAAACGCAAACAGUAUGAUCUCACAGGCAGCGAAGAUCCCUGCAAUCAGCCAGGCAAUGGUAGAUUUAACUUCCACAGGGGAUGUGAAGCAGAUAUCACCCCAGAGGACCUCUUCAACAUGUUCUUUGGAGGAGCCUUUCCAACAGGAAGUGUACAUUCUUUUUCUAACGGACGGUCUGGAUAUAGUCACCAUAAUCAGCAUCGUCAUAGCGGACAUGAAAGAGAAGAGGAAAGGGGUGACGGGGGGUUCUCCAUGUUCAUUCAGUUGAUGCCAAUUAUUGUGCUGAUCCUUGUUUCUUUACUUAGCCAGUUGAUGGUAUCUAAUCCUCCUUAUUCCUUAUAUCCAAGAUCGAGUUCAGGGCAGACUAUCCAGAUGCAGACAGAAAAUCUGGGUGUUGUUUAUUAUGUCAACAAGGACUUUAAAAAUGAAUAUAAAGGUCCAAAUUUGCAAAAGGUGGAAAAGAGUGUAGAAGAAGACUAUGUCUCAAAUAUUCGAAAUAACUGCUGGAAGGAAAGACAACAAAAAACUGAUUUACUCUAUGCAGCAAAAGUUUAUCGGGAUGAUCGCCUACGAAAGAAAGCAGAAGCUAUUUCCAUGGACAACUGCAAAGAGCUGGAACGAUUAACCAGCAUCUAUCGAGGAGGAUGAGCUAAAUUUUUGACCUAUACUGCUUGAAGUACAUGCUUUCUAAGAAAAAUACUGUUUCAUCAUGACAACUGAAAAGGAGAGAUGUAAAAAAUUCACUCGUAGCUAUUUCCAAAAACCUUACCCUGAAGUUUCAAUAUCAUUUAAUAGCCUCUUUAUGUAGUCUGAAACAUAGGACAGAGAUUGUUUACAUCAUUGAAUUGUCUUUUAUAUUUUACUCCCAAAACCUCUGUGAACUUUUCCACAAGAAAGAAAGCAUUUUGGACAAGCUGCUCCACUAGAAAUGUAGAUGUAGUGGUUCUCUUAUUAAAAUACUUGCCAUGUAAAUAUAUGAGACAAUUACUUAUAUGUAUAUAAAUAUGUUAUGGACAUCUGAAGGCAUUUAGAAUAUUAAAAGUUUCAAUCUUAAUAGGUGGAAUAAAUAAUAUGACUACAUUAUUAAUUAUUCAGAUGUCAGGUAUGUGGAACUAAAGAAGAAAAUUGAGGUUUUAUAUUUCUUUUUUCAUUUAUUUUCUCCUCAUUAACAAAAUUAAGAUCUGUGCUGGAAAAGAGAAAUGUUGUAUAUUGAAUGUACUUGAGUUCCUAAUAGCAGAAUAUUUUGCUGUUCCAAAAGAAAUCAGUUAAGGAAAUGCUGCUUUUCAGACUCCUCAGUUUGAUUUUUAUUUCACUUUUAUUUAAAAAAAUAAUAAUUCAAUAAUUUUGGAGUGCUUUCAACCAGCUCUAAUUUCUAUUUUGCUAUCAAAAGUCAGUUAAGAAAGUUCUUAAUGUUCAGCCUUGUGCCUUUGUUUCGUGAUUAGUUGGUUCAUCUUAUUUCUGAAUUGUUGUCAUCAAUAUUAAUAUAAGCCAUGGUCUUGUUCAAGGAUGUUAGUUAAAGUCAUAAUGUAGCAACUUAAGGCCAUAUGUAUAUGAAGGGUAGCACUAAAGAUAAAAGUGAUCUGCUUCUAAAGAUCAUUUAUGACAUAUUGUUUAUGUAAUCACUUUUGCCGGUUUAAAUUUAAUGUGAUUUUGGAAGAACUGAAGAUAAGACAUGGAAUUUCAGAACUGAAUUUAUAUGUUUCUAAGCUACCAUAUAACUAAUAUGGAAAAAAUAUUUAUUUUUUAUUGAUGUGUAUACUUUGUUCUAAAGGCAGCCACUGUGGGAUAGAUUAGAAAGUAGCUUUCACAUGAAUCAGCACAUAAUUGUAAUAUAAAAUGCCAUUUUUAACUGAAAGAUAGUACUUCAAACUUACUUCAGUAAACAACUUGCAUUGUGGUCUGCUGCCUAUAAAGUUUAGUUUUGAAAACUUGUAAUUUUUCAUAGGUGGCGCUUAAAUUUCUUAGUACUGACUCAUAAAAUCACAUGAACAGUUUCAUUACUGCUAUGGAACAAAAGCCUAACCAAUAUGUGAGGGGCUUUUCUUUUAAACAGAUAAUUAUAAAGCCACAUUAUUUCAGAACUGCUAUUUUAAUAGUACUUCAACAUUUUUAUAAAAAGAGAAAAAUGUGAGUUUUGGGUAAAAAAGCAUUCUGGUAACAUUCCCAUCAGAACGUUUUUUAGAUUUAGUUUUUUUGUUGUUCUGAAUUAGUUUAAAAAUGAAAUUCAGUUAUGAACUUCGCUGAAAAAAGCAAGCCUACUGUAAUCAAUUUUCCUUCAUCUGCAAUCAAAUUGUUGGAUAAAUAGUAUAUGUAAGAUUCUGUUAAACUAUUUUAGUUAUGUCUUCAGUUUUAUAGAGGAAUAAACAAUACAGAUUCCCUGUAAUUUUAGUUAUCUAUUUCAUUAAUGAAUUAGGCUUAUUUUGAAGAUCACUCAGGCUUGAGUUGCAAAAUUAUUAUUUUUUUAAUUUUGUGCUAAAAUUACAGGUAUCAUUAUAACCUUAAGUUCCAUAUGAAUACACCAGCGUUGGUCUCUGUCUGUUCCUCAUAGAAAGAAACUGUAAGGACAGAAAUAGAAGGCGUGGUAAAUCAAUUUUUUAAAAUUUGAAUAUUCAAAAUUUUGUAAAUUGGUUCUAAAAUCAAUUUAGAUAGCCUAACGACUCAUAAAUGCUCCUUCACUUAAUUCCAAGUAAAUAUGUUAUAAUGAAUUCAAUAUUUUCUAUAAAUUCAUGAUUGCAAAUCUAGAUACAGUUUCAUAACUUCCACACAAGAUUAUUUAUAUUUGAAUUUCACUAAUAUUGGAACUGCAUAGGAGCCUAACUAAAUGUUGUGUGAUAAAUUUUUGCAAUAACAUGUUCAAAAAUCAUUAAGCAAACUUGGACAAAUCUUCAAGUAAUCCGAAGCUAAAUGCAUUCAUGGUACUGGAAUUUAACAGAUUCUGCACAGAGAUAGAUGAUUGAGAACUUAAUAACGCAACUCUCUUUUGGCUUACACAGCUAUUGAGAAUAUCGGGGUGCUCUAAAAACAUUUUAUAUUUGUAUAAGUCUCUGGCCAGACAAUCAGAGCCUGAACUGGGAUAAACUGAAGCUCAAACUUCAGAAACCUGGGUGCAGGGGUUGAUUGAUAGAGCUUUGAAAACCUGCAGUUUGACCAGUAAGCUGAAUGUAUAUAAGGCAUUUCUGUGGUCAUCAAAAAUACUUGGUAACUUUCAUUUGGUAGCUGAUAUUCAAGAUUUCCAUAAUGAAUCUAUGAGCUUGAAUCUAAAGAUGCAUUUUCACUAGAAGUUGUAUUUGAAAGUGACUCUCUUUAUAUUCUUUUCACCUGCUGUAGCUCACAAUAUAAUACUUCAUCUUAAUCUUUUAAGAGGAGAUGUCUGGAAAAUUGCUAGUAAGAGUAGUAGAAAGCCUGCUUGUUCAAAUUGUGCCUCUAAAAUCCAAGCCCAAAGUGUUAAAGUAAAACAUUGAAAUUAAUGGAACUUGUUCUCAAAUAAUAUACGAGAUUUGGAUCUCCAAGGGUGAACUACUAGUUCAUAACAGACUAAUUAGCCCUAUUAGUUUAUGUGCAGACGAUAUACUAGAAUGCUUAUACUUAUGAAUUGUAUUAAUUUAUCCCUCUGGUCAGGGUUAAGGAUGUAGAAAAUUAUGUUGAUUAUUUGCAUCAUACCUUUCUUUAUGUUUCUAGAAUUGGGGUAAUAUUUGCUAUAUAUGAAAUUGAUACAUAAUUAAGCUUUGAUUUUCAAGAACGUUUAUUCUCCUAGAGGUAUUUUCCUCUAGGAUUAAUAAGUGGAAAGCAUAUUAAAUAGCAUUAGUAAUAAUUGAAAACAUAGACAGUAUUUCACUUUAAACAUAGCUUUCAACUAUAAUUUUAAUCAGGAUUUAUGAUGACAUAACUAAAAGUUUUAUCUUCAUUAUUUUUUUAAAAAAAGGUCUGUUCUUUAAUGCGCCACUUUAGGCUGUGACCUGAUUGCCUACACUUUUUAUUUUUACUUGAAAAUAGCCACAAGGACUAUAAAUUUGAUGACAGAACUUUGCCAGGUACAGAAGUGUUAAAUCAUUUCCAUGAACACCCUAAAAUCAAUCUACUCAUUUUAAUACCAAAUCAUUUUUUUUAGUUUUGGAAGAAACAAAGUGGUUUAGAUUAGUUAAAGAACAAAGGAAAAGUAAUUUUAAAAGGUCUUUCACCAGCACAGCUAUUCCAGGCAAAGAUGAACUUCUCUUGAAUGAACAAAAAGUUGGAAGAUAUGUUUAUAGUUCUCUUGCAAAUUUGUCCAGUUCUGUUUUCCAUACUACAGGUGACUUUAUAGAGUUAGUUAAGGCAUUUUUUAUUCCUUUGACCUAAAUGUUUCAUGAAUGGAAGGGUUAUUGGCUUCUUUUAAGUUGCUUUGAUGUAUUAAAAAAGAACAGUUGCAAGCUGUUUUUUCUUUCUUUAGAAUGUCAGUUGGAUGUAUUACAAUCUCUGCUUACUGCUUUAAAUGCUGCAGUAUAAAAUAUUGUUUCCGGUUUUCAAAGCAUUAGGGAUAACUGCACCAGACAAUGUGGCUAUGAUUUAGUGAGCCAUAAUUAUUAGCAAAACCAAACUGGACUCCCAUUAUUAAAAAUACAAAAUAUUCUUAUUUCAAAAUAAUUUAAAACAAAUAUCAAAAGCUCUCUUCUAAUACGUCAAGAAACAAUCCAUCAAAAUAAAUGGAGUAAUUGAUGGAAUUGAAGGACAAUCAUAUUUGAUAUGAUAGGCAAAUCAAGCAGUACAAGAAUCAUGUACAGGAAUAAAAAUUAUAUUAAUAGCAACCUUACAUGAAAGUUUAAGCAUGUGCUAAAACAUGGAUGAUUACUUUUUGUGAACACAAAUCAACUGCUGAGGUUUCUGGAUGGGCUUUUCCAAAUCAGCCCCAUGGAAAUUAAUAUAGGCCAUUCUACAAAAGUGCCUAAUAAAUUAGGGCCCCAAAGGUUUAGAUUAUCUGUAGCCCAUGUAAUACUAAUAUUACAACAGCUUUUCUGAUUUUCAGAAUAACGGCAUGUCUCUAGAUCAUAUGCCAGCUUUGUUAUAAUUUUGAUUUAAAAACAAUAUGCCUUACAUUAAGGAUUAUGUAAAGGUUGCAUAUUUAUAUUUAUUUAUUUUUGUUAGCUUAUAUGUUUUCUUUAUUUCUUUUCACUGCACCAAAGUCUUUUGGUUUGGGAACUGCUGCUCUUAUAAAUGACUAGGUAUGUAUGCAUCUGUGUAUUGCUGUAUGUAUUUCCUAGUAUCAUACCUCCAACUUGUGAUUGUAUAAUAUUGUAUGACUAAAUAUGUGCAGAGAAUAGCACAAGUAGUAGGGAUUUGGAUGUCAUGACAAAGAAAAAUUGCCUGGAAAUUGCCGUUCCUUUUCUUUCCUUGAUGAUCUUGCCCACUUUCAGUUAGGAUACAUACGAUUAGCUGAGAGGUGAGGUCUGAACCUUCACUGCAAUGAAACUGUCUUAGCUCAUGUCUUUGCUCCCACAUAAUGCAUAUUUAUUUGUUCAACUUCUAUGCCACCUUUCUCCGAAGAUUCAAGGCGGAGUCUUGAGGAGACAUGAUAUCAUAUAAGGAGACAUGAGCAAAAAAUUAUUGAUCACUUGCAAAGAGAAAGUAGAAAAAGAGAAACUGCCUUAAUGGUGGAUUGCUUGGUGCAAAGGUGUGCAAAUUCAUCAGUAAAUAUCUAUGCUCAUAAUGAUAGUUUGCAAUAAGAACCUCUAUCUGGCUUCAUAACAUGUAAUUAGCCAAUUUUAGUGCUAGUUCAGGUUUUUCAGAUAUGUUCAAAUGUCUAUGUAUGUAUAUGGGAGGACAUUCUGGAUGAAGAACAAUCAGAACUAAGAGAAAGUCAAUUCUCUUUUCCUCCUAAAUUUCUCUCAAAAUCUGCUCUAGACAAAUUUUCUGAAGGAGAUAUUCAUAUAACACAGGAAGAAAACAGUUUGAUCAUAUGAGCAAACCUUUGCUCAUGAAACUUCGGAUUUCACCCUCUAGUAGUUCUUACAGAAUCUACUGUUAAUUAAACCUGUUGUAGAUUUGCUUUUUUCUAAAAGCUAUACUUAUUUUUCCAUUUGAAUAAAGUGAAAUAAUAGAGAUGACUUACCAACAGACAUUUCUUAACUAUUUGCUAACAUUUCACAUAACAAUCUGACAAUCUGCAGUUUGUUCAUAAGGUUUUAUAAAACUUGAUUAAAUAUGCAAGUUUCAGUUGGCAGGGGUGCUUCAUGAGUAUAAAUAAAUUUUCAAGUAAAUACAUUUAGAAUUUGUUUGACCUGUGUUGUCUGCUUUAAAAAUCUAAAUGGAUUUCAGUGUUAAUUAUUGGAAGACCUGAUAAUGUUUUCAAAUCAAGCUUUAAAAAUCUAUCAAAGAUGCCCAGCAACAAAAAUCCUUUAAAAUUUAGAACGGCAUCUUUCAAAAGAAAUCUUAUUUUACUUAUCUGUACAUUUAUGGUUAGGAAUAAAGAAAAUAAAAUUUUAAUUUGUAAUGUACCUAAUAUCAGACUUAUAUCAAAAUAAAACUAUUUUCAGUGUGAA